AAAACAAGCUUAAUCGAAGGAAAGAAAGGUUUCGGUGACGGCGAGCAGGAUUGGGGCUAUGUAACAGUGCGUCCAGGUGCUCACAUGUUCUGGUGGCUUUAUUACGUUAAUCCCCCGCGACUCAAUAACUCAAAUUUUAAUGUAUUCGAUAAGCCGCUGCUAAUCUGGCUCCAAGGAGGCCCGGGGUUCUCGUCGACCGGUCUUGGGACCUUCGAGGAACUGGGCCCGCUGGACGUAAAUCUCAUAAAGCGCAACUACACCUGGAUUAACAAUUACAACAUUCUCUUCAUCGAUAACCCGGUAGGCGUUGGCUUCAGCUACGUCGAGGAAGACACUCUCUAUGCCGAGAACACGGCCCAGAUCGCCCAAGACCUUGUUGAGUGCAUCAGCCAAUUUCUUCAAGUGAUUCCGCAGUUCAAAAAUGUUUACACGUACAUCCUCGGUCAGUCUUAUGGUGGGAAAAUGGCUGUCGAGUUUUCCUUCUUGUGGUACAAAGCGCAAGAAAGUGGAACAAUUGAGAGCAAGUUGAAAGGAAUAGCGUUAGGAAACGCGUGGAUUUCUCCCAUUGACUCAGUGAUGUCUUAUGCGCCUUAUUUACUUUACUCAGUACCGAGGUGUAAUCCAUAUGCAACAACAGCUUUGUUGCAAGAGCUGACAUCUAAUAAUAACAGCGAAAACACAGUAGACACUUACCGCUUUUUACAAUCGGAGCUCCUCAGAUUAGAUAUUCCUUAA